GAAAAUGAUUUAUUAUCAACAGAGGAACAAUGGAAGCUGCAACAUCAGAAGAUACAUGUGAAGCACCAUGGCUGUGAAUUAACACAUGCGGAGAUGGUUCUUGUUCUCAUUCCAGCUUUGAUUGUUGCCCAGAUUUUGCUUGUUCAGUGGAAGCAAAGACAUCAUCAAUCAUACAAUUUAGUCACACUGCUGCAGAUGUGGGUUGUUCUUUUUUAUUUCACCGUUAGACUUUACUGGUGGAGAUCCCUGUCCAUGUGGGGAAUGCUCUUAGUUAUUACCAGUUACAUCACUUUCAGAGCAACCCAAAAGAACCACAGUGGUUUCUCCAAAUGGUUCCUCCUCCAGGUCUAUAAAAUGAAUUAUGCAAUUGGAAGUUAUCUAGCUAUAAUGCUUAUCAUCUUUGGAUUUAAUUUAUUCUUUAGAAUCCAGCCUGAUGAAUCCGUGGAUUUUGCUGUGACACGACUUUUUUACAGACUGUACUAUGGAGUGACAGGAAGAGACUUUGCAGACAUUUGUUCUGACUACAUGGGUUUUUACAAUAUCAGUGGCAUACCAAAAAGAAUGACAAUGUCCAAUGGCAUCUGCUCCAUCUGUGGGCAGAAAUUUUUUGCAAAUAUAAAUGAAAAAGGGAUCAUUGAAAAUACCUACCAGCUGUCCUGUAAUCAUGCAUAUCCAUUCCAUGAAUCCUGCAUCCAUGACUAGUGCAUUGUUGGCAAGAACCAGACUUGCCCAUAUUGCCCUGAGAAAGUUGAUUUGAAGAGGAUGUUAAGUAACCCAUAUCCUCUCCCUAACAA